GGAGGCGCGACGGUGCGGGACGAGUGACAAAAGAAACAUCAUCGCGUUUUUCUUUUCAAAUGUGCUGCUGCGAAAAAAAUAAAGUGUUGAUUUUUCGUGAAAAAUUCCCAUUUUCUGGGCCCGAACUGACGUGAGCUGGAAUAGUACCAGUCAAACGAGUGUGAACAAAAGAUAGAAAAUUAAAAAAAAAUCAAGGUGAAGAAGACGGACGGACUUGCGACGGAAAACGCAAAAAGAACCUAUUGCGGUGACGAUGAGUGUGGAUACAUACGAUGGAGUGGUCAAUUCCCAAACGUUGACGUUCCUCGAUACCGAAGAAAACGAUCUGAUCGGGGCGGAUACCCAGGGAACGGACUAUGACUUUCGAGAUUUCACGAUUCCCUCGCAGAGCCAGACGCUGGCUUCGCAGCUUGACCAUUUGGGUGCCGGAGCGGGAAGUCAGCUCAAUGGAUUCGGCCGACGACUCGGUUCGGACAAGCUGAAAAUCGCCGGCAUAACAUCCGCCAUCGGUGAACUGCAGUUCGAGGAAGACGAAGAUGACCCCGUGGCCCAGAGUCAGGAGCUGCCGCCGCACGCCUGUCGCUACUGCGGUAUCCACGAACCGAGCACGGUCGUCAUGUGUAACAUCUGCAAGAAGUGGUUCUGCAAUGGCCGUGGCAGCACCUCGGGAUCGCACAUCGUGAACCAUCUGGUAAGGGCGAAACACCGGGAAGUGACGUUGCACGGGGACGGACCCCUGGGAGAGACGGUGCUCGAGUGCUACUCCUGCGGCGUGAGAAAUGUGUUUGUGCUGGGAUUCAUUCCGGCCAAAGCGGAUUCUGUCGUGGUGUUGUUGUGCAGACAACCCUGUGCUGCCCAGAACUCCAUCAAGGACAUGAACUGGGAUCAGGAGCAGUGGAAGCCGCUGAUCGCCGAUCGGUGCUUUCUGUUUUGGUUGGUGAAGGUUCCAACAGAGCAGGAACAGCUCCGCGCCAGACAGGUGUCUGCUGCGCAAAUCAACAAGCUGGAGGAACUCUGGAAGGAGAACGUUGAUGCAACGUUUCAGGAUUUGGAAAAACCGGGCAUCGAUAAGGAACCAGCUCCGGUUCAGUUCCGCUAUGUUGAUGGCUAUCAGUAUCAGAACAUCUUUGGGCCGCUGGUGAAGCUGGAGGCGGAUUAUGACAAGCGACUGAAGGAAAGUCAGACGCAGGAAAAUAUUGAAAUUCGCUGGGACACGGGGUUGAACAAGAAGACGAUUGCUUAUUUUACGCUGGCUAAGAAUGAUGGCGAUAUGAAGCUGAUGCAUGGUGAUGAGCUGCGUUUGAGAUAUACGGGAGAGCUGCAUAAGCCGUGGAGCUGCGUGGGUCAUGUCAUCAAGGUUCCGGAUAACUACGGUGAAGACGUUGGCUUGGAGUUGAAGCACAACCAUCAAGCACCGAUUGAGUGUACGUCGAACUUUGCGGUUGACUUCAUUUGGAAAGGUACCUCCUUUGAUCGCAUGCAGAUGGCAUUGCGAAAGUUUGCAGUGGAUGAUAACAGCGUUUCGAACUACAUCUAUUCGAGAUUGCUUGGCCAUGGCAGACAAGAUGGGUCGGAUGAUGUGACGUUCCGUAUCAAUAAUCUGCCAAAACACUUCAGCGCUCCGAAUUUGCCGGACCUCAAUCGUUCGCAGGUGUACGCAGUGAAGCAUGCUCUUCAACGCCCAUUAAGUUUGAUUCAAGGGCCUCCGGGUACCGGCAAGACGGUCACGUCUGCAACGAUCGUCUAUCAGUUGGUUCGCUUGAACGGUGGACCGGUUUUGGUAUGUGCUCCGAGUAACACGGCGGUAGAUCAGUUGACGGAAAAAAUCCAUCGCACCAGUUUGAAGGUGGUUCGUGUCUGUGCCAAGUCUCGUGAAGCUAUCGAUUCUCCGGUCAGCUUCCUAGCUCUGCACAACCAGAUUCGUAACAUGGAACAAAACAGCGAUCUGAAGAAACUGCAACAGCUGAAGGAUGAGACCGGCGAGUUGAGUUCCUCCGAUGAGAAACGGUAUCGUACGUUGAAGAAACAAGCCGAGCGGGAACUUCUGGAAGCUGCUGACGUUAUCUGCUGUACAUGCGUCGGAGCUGGUGACCCUCGCUUACAGCGCAUCAAGUUCAGUUCGAUUCUCAUCGAUGAAUCGAUGCAGUCUACCGAACCGGAAUGCAUGGUUCCGGUGGUGCUUGGAGCCAAGCAACUGAUUCUAGUUGGAGAUCAUUGUCAGCUUGGGCCGGUCGUGAUGUGCAAGAAAGCAGCAAAGGCGGGACUAUCGCAAAGCUUGUUUGAGCGAUUGGUCGUGUUGGGAAUCCGUCCGUUCCGCUUGGAAGUGCAGUAUCGUAUGCAUCCGGAGCUGUCACAGUUCCCUUCGAACUUCUUCUACGAAGGAAGCCUGCAGAAUGGAGUGUGCGCCGAAGAGCGUAAGUUGAAGGUGGACUUUCCAUGGCCUUCGCCAGAUACACCGAUGUUCUUCCUGGUAACUCAAGGACAGGAGGAAAUUGCUGGAUCAGGAACAUCCUAUCUAAAUCGCACAGAAGCUUCGAACGUGGAAAAGAUAACCACUCGCUUCCUGAAGGCCGGUGUUAAGCCAGACCAGAUUGGCAUAAUUACUCCGUACGAGGGGCAACGGGCUUAUUUGGUACAGUACAUGCAGUACCAAGGUUCACUGCAUUCCAAACUGUAUCAGGAGAUAGAAAUUGCCAGCGUUGACGCGUUCCAAGGACGAGAGAAGGAUAUCAUUAUUAUGUCGUGCGUUCGUUCCAACGAGCAUCAGGGCAUCGGUUUCCUGAACGAUCCCAGGCGUCUGAAUGUGGCUUUGACCCGUGCAAAAUAUGGAAUAAUCAUCGUCGGAAACCCGAAGGUGCUAUCAAAACAGCAGCUAUGGAAUCAUUUGUUGAACUUUUACAAGGACAAAAAGGUUCUCGUGGAAGGAUCUCUGAAUAACCUGAAGGAAUCAAUGAUCCAAUUCACGAAACCCAAAAAGAUCGUAAACACCUUGAAUCCAGGAUCACACUUUAUGAAUAACGUCAUGUACGACGCUAAAGAAGCCGGCUACUUCGAAAGAGGUCAUGGAGCAGGAUUUUCCGGUAGUUCGUUUGGCAAUCCAGGUCCCAUCGGAAGCAUGUUGAACGGACCGAGAAAUCCUCCUCUGGAUAUGUUUUCCAGAACUCACGAUCCCAUCAGCUAUAUCUCACCGGAACGUGCUCAGGCGGCAAUGAAUAAUAUGCCGGUUCCUGUUGGAAUGUUUAUGAAUAUGCCGAACGUCCAACCACGCUACUUCCAGCAGCAACAAGCUGUGCAGGCGGCCAAACAAGCGCGUCGCAUCAAACCGGGCGUCAUCGGAAGCAAACCUAAACCGCGUCCGAUUGGACCGCCAUCUAGCCAAGUCAACCUUUCCGGUGUCAUUGGAACCGGUUCGUUAACUCAGGGCAUGUCACAGAACAUGUCCCAGCCUGGAUUCAGCCUUUCACAGUCACAGCAACAGGACUUCUCACAAGACUACAUGGUCGAAUAUCAAUCCCAAGUCGAUGGUCUCUUGUCCCAGGAAUCCACUGCAGUGGAGCGUUUGGCAUUCGAACUACCGCCAAAUCAGUUCUCGCAACCGUAUUGAUAGAGGACCAGUUGAACCAGAAUGGCGUAUUGUCCGCACAGGGGAAUCUGAAGACAGCAACACGAGCAGCAGAAACAGCCAACAGCAAAAUCUACGUCUACGCCAAGUCACCAAUUCGCAGUUAUACCGAGUAAUGAAUAAAGAAUACGCAGCAAGGUAAGAGGUGAGACCUAUUACGGAACACGGCAUUAGGAGGGGGUAGGAAACCUCCCUGGUGAGUAUCCUGAUGUCUGUCCCCUCGCCAUAGUCGUCGUCGUCGUUAUCGUCUUGUCGGAUAGGAAGAAAAGGCGGGGAGGAAUUUGGAAAACGAAGAGCGACUCUCAUAUGCAACACGCAGCAGCAGCCGCUGGAACUUUUCUCCCCUGGAACCAAUAAUAGCAGCAGCAACUUGGAACAGCGAACCACACCACAGCUAGUGCAACUAAUGGAGGAAUCAAAGCCAACGGAAUUCACCACAUGGAUCGCUGGAAAUGUGAGUUCUUGUGAACCCUUUCGGAAAGGGACACCGUUGAAUAGCUGAACAGGUUUGGGAGAUAUGUUCCUGCGAUGAAUGAGUCCAGUUCUUUCAAGAUUUACGUAUUUCCAUUCUCUUGAAUCGAAAACCAACCGUAGUUCUGUAUCCUUGAGUUUCUUGAGCAGAUUAUAUUUUAUUCCUUUUCGGUUAAACUUUUUUUUUAUUUACUGGCAAAGAACUGUGUGUCUGUCAUGGCACAGUUUCUUCCUAAAUUGGAACAACGAGCCUUAUGCCAGUAUCGUAAACAUUAUUAUUUUUUGUUUGGCGAAUUGUUAUAUUUUAAUAUGACUACACUUACAACAACAGCUAGUUUGGUGAGCAUUUUUCUUUUACGCAAACCGAAAGUACGAUUUGAAAUCAAUACUAUAGAACACUAAAUCCUAAAUAAUUGGUUGGAAAAGGGACGUACCUAGUGCUAGAUAGACAUCAUAAAAGGUCAGUUUUACCACUAUUGUAGUUUGGUUUCAUAGUUGAAAAUUUGUAUCCACAAAAAGCAGUCAGAGUUUUCACUUUUAAAAGUUUAGUGUUUAAACGCAACAUACAAAUUUUAAACCACAUUCAAUGAAUUAUGUUCAAGUAGUGUGUAGUUGAUAGGUACUACCUUUUCCAAAUAAAUAGUUUCGUUCGGCAGGUGGUCUCGAUU